AUGUCAAUAAGAUCACUCGCCCGCUCAGCUCAGGCUAUCAACGCGGCUCGUAGCGCCCAGCCUAUACAGGCAGCUCGCUGCAUCUCCUCCUCAGCGCCCAGGCGAGCAGGUCAUGGCGCAGAUGAGCACCAUGGUGAUUCCAGCGCAGACACCCAUGAAAGCAGUCUGGGACCGGCGUAUCAAGAGAAGAUCGCCGGUGGAAGUACCAUACUCAGUUGCGCUAACGUCCCAGGCUUCUUCUCCCCCGCCAUGCGCAACUCCCUAAUCCUCACCGCCCUCCUCGUCGUCGCCUACCCCUACUUGCCCUCCCCAGCCAAAGGCUCCGCCUCUCCCUCCCUCUCCCCCGACGCUCACUCGUCAGCAUUGAACGAUACACCCUACAUCACCCGCUUGCUCGCCAAGUACACACCCAGCGCCCAGCUCUGGACAGAGCGGAACGACAAGCACCUCGAAUUGACAAAACAGGCCGCGGAGGAUAGGCUGUUGGUGCAGGAGGCGGAGAGGCCAAAGGUCUGGAGGAUGCGGUAUGCGAGGUCGUUUGAGCAGGCGUCGCCGCAUUGCAUUGCGGUCGGAUCGCAGACCGACCUUUCCGACCUCAAGGUCACGCGCGACCAGGCUUGA